UUAAAUCAGGAAUUGGUGUCUCGUUUUGGACAUUCCGCAGCCUAGAACGCGGUGGACGCGCACCGACUCCAGCUAGCAGUAGUGAAGCAGCAGCAGAGGGAAAGGAAAUUGUUCCCAAAAAGGAAAGAAAAAUCAGAAUACGACCCGAGAAAUCUGGAAAUUUCUUCUAUCGUCUCCUCGAUUCCUCCUUACGUGGGGCGCUUAGGGUUAGGGUUUCUCUCCAUCGCUCGCAAUCGCCAACUUGGGCGCUCGAUCGGACGGGAUUCGAGUGGUAGGAAGAGAAGGUCCGGCAGGGCCUCUGUGUUCCGAUUUUGAUCAGUUAAAGAUCUCCGGUGGGAUUUUUCCGACGACAUGGGCGACUAUAUGUCCAUAAUUCCGGCGGCCGUUCUGAGGAACCUCGCGGAUAAGCUUUAUGAGAAGAGGAAGAAUGCCGCCCUCGAGGUGGAAUGGAUCGUGAAGCAACUCGCAGUAGCAGGAGAGCAUGAAAAGAUCAAUGCGGUGAUCCAUAUGUUGAACGUGGACUUCACCUACUCUCCGCAAGCCAAUCAUCGGAAGGGUGGAUUGAUAGGGCUUGCUGCGGUGACAGUUGGGUUGACAAAAGAAGCUGCUCAGUAUCUGGAGCAAAUUGUUCCACCUGUACUUAAUUCCUUUCUUGACCAAGACAGCAGAGUUCGGUAUUAUGCUUGUGAAGCACUUUAUAAUAUAGCAAAGGUUGUAAGAGGAGAUUCCAUCAUAUUUUUCAAUAAAAUAUUUGAUGCACUUUGUAAGCUUUCAGCGGACUCAGAUGCAAAUGUGCAGAGUGCUGCUCAUCUUCUAGAUCGGCUUGUAAAGGAUAUUGUAACUGAAGGUGAUCAAUUCAGCAUAGAAGAAUUUAUACCUCUUUUGAGAGAGCGCAUGAAUGUACUCAACCCUUUCGUGCGCCAAUUUUUGGUGGGAUGGAUCACUGUACUGGAUAGUGUUCCGGAAAUUGAUAUGCUUGGCUUCCUUCCAGAAUUUCUUGAUGGGUUAUUCAACAUGUUAAGUGAUUCGAGCCAUGAGAUACGACAACAAGCUGAUUCUGCACUCUCUGAAUUUCUUCAAGAAAUAAAGAACAGUCCAAAUGUAGAUUAUGGCCGUAUGGUUGAGAUAUUGGUACAAAGGGCAAGUUCCACUGACGAAUUUACACGUUUGACAUCUAUCACAUGGAUAAAUGAAUUUGUAAGGCUUGGUGGUGACCAGCUUGUUCCUUAUUAUGCUGAUAUUUUGGCUGCCAUACUACCCUGCAUAUCUGACAAGGAAGAGAAGAUCAAAAUAGUUUCUCGUGAAACCAAUGAAGCACUUCGUGCAAUUCAUGCUGAUCCAUCCGAGGGAUUUGACAUAGGAGCAAUUCUCUUCAUUGUGAAGAGACAAUUAGCUAGUGAAUGGGAAGCUACACGAGUUGAGGCUUUGCAUUGGAUUGCAACACUAUUGGUGCGGCAUCGAGCUGAGGUAGUCAUUUCUUACUUGAAUGAUAUCAUUGACCCACUUUUGAGGGCAUUCUCAGAUCCUUCUGAUGAGGUGGUUUUGCUGGUGCUAGAGGUGCAUGCAAGCAUAGCACGAGAUACAACACACUUCCGCCGACUUGUUGGUCUUCUACUUCGUAAUUUUCAAUCAAACCACUUGCUUCUUGAAAAGCGUGGUGCUUUGAUAAUACGCCGACUUUGUGUGCUUUUGGAUGCGGAACAUGUUUAUCGAGAAUUCUCUGCAAGUUUAGAGGGAGAAGAUGACUUGGAUUUUGCAUCCAUUAUGGUUCAGGCUUUAAAUGUGAUUUUACUCACUUCAUCUGAACUUUCUGAGUUACGAGCACUUCUAAAGAAAUCCUUGGUGCAUCCUGCUGGCAAAGACUUAUUUAUUUCUUUGUAUUCUUCCUGGUGCCAUUCAUCAGUUGCGACAAUUAGUUUAUGUUUACUAGCUCAGGCUUAUCAUCACACCAAUUUUGUAAUUCAGUCACUGGGAGAAGAAGAUAUAAAUGAGAAAUUCUUCAUACAACUAGAUAAGUUGAUCCGCUUGGUUGAGACUCCAGUUUUUGCUUAUCUAAGAUUGCAGCUCCUUGAGCCUGGAAAGUUUAUAUGGUUGUUGAGGGCGUUGUAUGGUCUUCUGAUGUUAUUACCCCAGAUGCAUCAUCUAAGGUUGAGUCAUUAUUCUUCUCCAAACUUGACAUUUUGUACAUCCAAACUGAACAUGCUGGGAAGCAGACUUCCACAGCAAAGUGCAACCUUCAAGAUACUACAGACUCGAUUAAAGACAGUGCCAUCAUAUGCUCUCAAUAGUGAGCAACUCAAGCGAGCAUUAUCAGGGAACCCAUACUCACAGAUUCUGCAGAUUGCUGAUGAGAUUAAUAAGAAUCAUGAUGGAGGAAACAUGUACAGUGCAAUCAACUUUCCAUCUAGGAUGCAACAAUUUCAGAACAUGCAGCAGCGGCAUCGCAUGCAUAUGAAAAUGAAAUUGCAGUCCCGCCAUUCAACUUCUUCAACUCUAUCACAGGAAUUGCGAAGAUCUGAAGGUUUUAGCCGCCCCUCACCAGUUCAAGACAUCAGCCGCCCCUCAUCUGGGUCAUCAUGGUCAACUGCAGGAACAUCAUAACACCGACCUUUAUGUUUUUUUUGUGCUGCUUGGGAUCUCUUUGGAUCAAUCUCGGCAUCACAAAAUUUACAUGAAUCAGUAGGCUUACAUGCAGGAGAUCAAGUUGUAAAUCCUCUCUCUUCUUUUUGUCUUUUGCCCCCUUCACCAUUGGUCCAUAUUCUACGGGAUUGAGAAUUGAGAUGGUAGGAAUUGUGGAUGAUCUAAACAAGCUUUACCAGUGUCAGGGCCGUUCCUUUUAUUAUCAGACUAUGUAUGCUCGUAUGGUUUUGUAUUUUUUUAUGAAGACCAUAUGAGCCAGAGCCAAGGGAAGUAUUUUGUAUGAUGGGUUUAAGUGGGUUGCAGUAUUCAGUUGAUUUGACAUCCCAAUUAUGAAGUUAGGAAACAUACAUUGUCGCCAGAUAUAGUGAGACUUUUCUGUUUAUAUUACUUAAACUGUUGCAAAUCAUUUCAUUAUUUUUAUGUGGU